UGUUGCGAGUAUCUUCGAGUGAGGAUGGCGCGCUUUUUCACAGCCGGCGCGUGGCUGUUGCUCCUUUCCCUCACGGACCACGUUCGUGCCCAAGUCACAACUUGUACAACUGCGAACAAUGAGGACUGCUUCCCCGCCGCUAGGGAUGUUACUGCUGGUUGUGCAACCUCAUCAGCGAUUGGCGAUUGUGCAAGCGAUGGACUAGGUGGAGCUCUCUGCUUUUCCAGGGAAACUGCCCCCACCGGAACGGCCUGUGAAGCAGCCGGCUGUGACUGUUUCAUCGGCGUGUGCUUCGAACCAGGGUUAUCCGCCACUUGUGAGGCGUCUUUCUCCGUCUGCCCGCCUGGUGACGCCGUCUGCGGAGACCCCCACAUGCAAGGCCUUCGUGGUCAGAGAAUCGACUGGUCUGGGGUUGACGGGGGCUGGUACUCCUUGAUCAAGGACGACAACAUCGAUAUCAACAUCAACGUUCGCCUCACCGCUCCCCUGCCCGACGAGUUCCCCGACCGCCAGCUAAUGACCAGCCUGGCUGUUCUGUCAAAGGGGCACUCUGUCGUCAUCGAGGUAGAAAACCCUUACACCGUCGUCACGAACGGUUGUCCUGAGGGCGUUUCUCCCUGCCUUGCGAACGGAGGACUGCGCAUCAUCGUCGACAGCCAGCAAGUGGAUGAGCUCCUUCGAUUCUCCAGGCACGUACCGGUGGCAGACGGUGCCAUGACUGUAUCUUCAUCCAACCUUCCGGUGGAGUGCCAGCAGUUCGGUGGUGACAGGAUAUGGGCCCGCAUGUACCAGGACAUGAUCGAAGGCAGACGUGAGCUGCACGGCGAUGAAAGUCUCGAAGAAUGGAUCCUGAAGUACGACCACGGCAUGGCUGCUCCCGGCUGGUGCGCCAAGUACAUCGCGGAGAACGACCUCGCCGACCUGCAAUCCGACCAUGCUAUCUUCAAAAUCCAGACGCCGACUGUUACGGUGCGCCUCAACGCUGGUGUCAACUACCAAGGCAACGGUGAGCUAAACUGGGAUGGACGCGUCCUUCCUGACCUCGAGUUCUGGCAGAUGGGCGUCGGGAUGGACGGGCUGGACGUGGACAACCCGGCGUUGUCCGGUCUCCUCGGUGAAACGGCUCGCCCGGUUUACGACGAGAACGGACAAGUGGUAAUGGAAGGGUUCGACGCUUUCCGUGGUACCAUUGAGGACUACCGCGUAUCCGACGCUUUAGAUGUCCACUUUCCCCUCCUAGACGAGAAGGAGGAGGGCCACGAGUAGAAUCUAAGAAAGAAAGCAAGAGCAUUACCCUUUCCGGUGUCAACCGAAGGACACAGCUGGAAGUAACAUACGAGGUAGAUCGACCAGCGUAUUCGCACGUCAGAACUAACUUCAAAUUUUCACCGAGGGUCUUUUUGUAGUUGAGGAUGUGGUGGUACGGAUCUCUGCGUUUUUCCCUCGUCGAGUGUUCAAUACAAGGAAUGGGUGUGCAAAGCUCCCAUUUGCUGCUUGUCGUGUCAGGUCAGUUGUACGUGUAGGGGAAGAGACUGCACUUCCUUGCUGCUGAAGGUACUGAACUUGUUGGUGAACUCGUGGCUUCUGGGGACAACAUGUUUUAUUGUUGAGACCUUGGACCAGGAGAACAGGUCAAAAGGUGAAGUGAGCAAGGGUGGGGAGCACCACCGCACCGCAGCACCGCAACCACCACCCGUGUCGCUCGACCAAAGCACAAAAGCAGAGCACAAUGAUGUCGGAACACAAAGACUCAAGAGACAGGGGCUAACGUACUUCACAACGUACCAUGAAUCCACUGACUGAUGCACUAUCCACAAGAAACACACUCGGGGUAAUGCACCAUCCACGAAGAACAUUCCCACAAAACGUUCCUUGCUGUUUUGAUAUGUGGCUACUCAAGGAUCUUCACCGCAGACAGUCCCGCAAUGCAAACUGUCCGAUCAAGUUGUUAUGUCACUCUGUCGACACACACAGCAGCAACUAUCACGAACACCUUCCCUUGGGCUAUUGUCUAGACCAGAUCAAAUAAAUAACAGAAUAACAACAACCGAAAUAAAACACAUCUCUCUAGACUAGACUACUUCUCAGAAAUCAAACGUAAGAGUUAAAUUACGAUGAACUUCAAAACGAUCACUCGGCAGAGCCUUCGUCAGAAUGUCCGCAUGCUGUCCUCCGCCAGAGACAUGUCUUAUUUCCAACACUCCCUCCUCUGUCAAAUUUCUGGGAAAGUGGUGUCUCACGUCAAUGUGCUUACUGUUACACGAACUGAGUGAAUUCUCAGCAAGUGCAUUCACAUCCUCGUUGUCCUCUCGUACCUGAACCUUAUCGAUUCUAUCACUAGGCCUCAAGAACUCCAGCAUUCCGUUGACAGAGCCUCUAUUACACCGUCACCCAUCGCAACAUACUCUGCUUCAGUUGUUGAAAAUGUGACACAUUUGUGCGUCCUAGAAAUCCAAGCAACAAGACAGUCAGCUCCAAGAACUAAUGCUCCCGAAACUGAUCUACGGUCAGUGGCCUUACUGGCGAAGUCUGCGUCUACGUACCCCAACGUGCCCACGUCUACCGUAGUGUCCUGCUUGUACUUCAAUAUUUAAUGUGCCGUAUCCAGAAGAUGUUCAGAAUCUUCUGGGCCGCCUCCCAGUGGCUUUUCUUUGCCUCGAGAGAGUGCCUCGCCACCGCCCGCACAGCAUUUGAGAUGUCGGUCCUCGUCUCGUGGCGAUCCACAUCAGGCUCCCCACCACCUCUCGGAACGGCGCAUCCCCUGCCUCCUCCUCCUCCAUCACGGGCCUGUAAACACUAGCAGGGGGAGCAGGGUCGAUCUGGUGCGACAAAUAUUUAUUUAAUCUCUCGAGAACACUCCUGACGCGACGCUCUUGAGACAUCACAAUUUCUUGCCAGCCUCGCGGUCGCGACUAAAUGCGCAACCAUGAAAGAACUUGACCUCGCCAAAAUUCUUCGUGUGAAAAGAGUCACCUAGCGCUUGCACAACUAUCUUGGCAAGGCUCUCAAUUCCUCCAUACAGCAAGUCAUCCACAUGAAUCGCGAUCAUACCCAUCACCUCGUUUCUCAUCAUGAAACGCAGAACACAGGGGUCAGAUAGAGAUUGUUCGACACUAAUCCUCUUCAGGUCCGACACAAAAUCUCUUGAGAAAUGUUCUACAUGCCUGCCUCAGUCCAUCCAAACUCUUGUCUAAG